AAAUCAAACUGCGGAUUUCCAUUGAAAUCCGGUCUUUGAGAAGUCAUAACUCAAUUGCGACGGUGGUGAUCUGUUUUCAAUAUCAAUAUAUCAUCCAAGAUACUUUGUUCUCUCGCUCGCCUGCUAAACUAUAAGUAAUACAAACAAUGGCAAUUAACAACCUCGAGGCUCGCUUUGGGCGCAUGUCGGUUCGCGAGGAAGACAGCGAGAAGCAGAAGCUAAAGGUUAAAGUCACCUCGACAACAAGCUCACAUGACCAAUGCCAGUCAAGCCUCCUCAGACUUGCCCUACAAAACAGAGAGCAAAAGACACACGCCGCGUCGAAGCGAGAAGUAGGAAUACCAGCGCCACCACCUCCAAAAGCUGCCCCCACCGAAGAGAAAUCGAAAGAUGAAUCCAAAGCAGAGGCGAAGGCAGUAGCGACUCUCAUCGAGCAACCUGUCAUCAGAAGGUUACACCUGGGCAUGUUCGAGAUCGGCAAGCCGCUAGGCAAGGGCAAAUUUGGCCGCGUGUAUCUGGCGCGCGAGCGCGAACACGGCUUCGUCUGCGCGCUCAAGGUUCUCUACAAGAGCGAGCUGCAGCAGGGCCGCGUCGAGAAGCAGGUGCAGCGCGAGAUCGAGAUCCAGAGCAACCUGCGGCACCCCAACAUCCUCAAGCUCUACGGCCACUUCCACGACACCAACCGGAUCUUCCUGAUCCUCGAGUUUGCCGGCCGCGGAGAGCUGUACAAGCACCUCCGCAAGGAAACGCGGUUUGCGGAGUGGAAGGCGGCGCAGUAUAUCGCGCAGAUGGCAAACGCGCUGCGCUACCUCCACCGCAAGCACGUCAUCCAUCGCGAUAUCAAGCCCGAGAAUAUACUGGUGGGCAUCCAUGGCGAGAUCAAGAUAUCGGAUUUCGGCUGGAGCGUGCAUGCGCCCAGCUGCCGCCGGAAGACGUAUUGUGGAACGCUUGACUACCUGCCACCAGAGAUGAUCGUCUCGCGGAAUCCGGACAACUCGUACGAUGAGAAGGUUGACCUGUGGUCCUUAGGUGUGUUAACCUACGAGUUCCUAGUUGGCGAAGCGCCGUUCGAAGACACUCCCGUUAUGACGACUAGGAGGAUAGCGCGCGGGGAUAUGAGAGUGCCGUUGUUCGUGAGUUCUGAGGCUGCGGAUCUGAUAAGAAAACUGCUUGUCGUUGACCCUGAAAAGAGGCUCUCCCUCGAUAACGUCAUCCAACACCCCUGGAUUGUGAAGCAUUGCCAAAAGACGGAGAGGGUUGUAAAGCCGAAGGGUGCUUCAUAGCUACCACAGAGAAUGAACGAAUGAUUACGAUAUUCAGACGAGCAGAGGGUACGGCUACACUCCUAUACCUUUUUGUUGGCCGCCCCUACUAGUCCACACGCCACUGUAUUGAGGCUUUUCCUCAGGCUUAAGCAGCAAGGCGCUUGUUAG